AUGAUUCAAACCAGUAUUUAUAAUUAUUUGGAUUUAAAUUUAGACAUAAAUUCAAUUUUAAAUUCAGAAGGAAUUAAUAAAGUUGGUUCUGAUGGUGUUAAAAAUAUUGGUGGGGCUAAAAAGUACCACCAGUAUUCCGCUAAGUAUCGUCAUUCAUGGAUAUGCACAACAGAUGAUGGUUCCAAUGGUGGUACAAAGAAUCAAAAAGAACUCAUGGCAACUUUUAAAUAUAAAACGAUUAAACAAAAUAGGGUAAAAGCUCAACCAUCAACCAUUGACCACUUGUUUCCAACUCUUCAAUGCAGUUCAUCUUUAUAUUCAACAAAUGGUUCAAAAAGAGUUGUUAAAACAAAAGUUUUACCAAAAAAAGAAAUACUUAACACCAUCAACAAUGAUGGAUGUCCAUCCAUUCCAGUUUCAAAUGAUCCACAAAAUGAAGCUAAAAAGAAAAAAAACAAAAAUAUAGUAAUUUUAGAAAUUCUUGAAAAGUUAAAUGAAUAA